GGCUCCGCUCCGAGGAUGCAGCUGAACGGCAGCGCGGCGGGGCAGCGGCAUCCCCCGGAGCCGGCGGGCAACGCGUCCAACGCCUCGGCGCCCUUGGCGCAGGGCCCGGACGAGGAGGACCUGGACGUGAACACCGACAUGUACUCCAAGGUGAUGGUGACCGUCAUCUACCUGCUGCUCUUUCUCGUGGGCACCGUGGGCAACUCCAUCACCGCCUACACGCUGGCGCGCAAGAAGUCGCUGCAGAACCUGCAGAGCACGGUGCACUACCACCUGGCCAGCCUGGCCCUGUCCGACCUGCUCAUCUUCCUGCUCUGCCUGCCCAUCGAGCUGUACAACUUCAUCUGGGUGCACCACCCCUGGGCCUUCGGCCCCGCCGUCUGCAAGGGCUACUACUUCUUGCGGGACGCCUGCACCUACGCCACGGCCCUCAACAUCGCUAGUCUCAGCGUGGAGCGCUACAUGGCCAUCUGCCACCCCUUCAAAGCCAAGAGCAUCAUGUCCCGCAGCCGCACCAAGAAGUUCAUCAGCUGCAUCUGGCUGGCCUCCUUCCUCCUGGCCAUCCCCAUGAUCUUCACCAUGGGCGAGAUCUACGGCCGCGGCCAGGAGCCGGACACGCUCAUCUGCACCACCAUCGUGGCCGCCUCCACGCUCAAGACUGUCAUCCAGGUCAACACUUUCAUCUCCUUUGUGUUCCCGAUGGUUGUCAUUUCGGUGCUGAAUACCAUCAUUGCCAACCAGCUCAUCGUCAUGUUCAAGCAGUCAACACAGGAAAACCAGGUCUGCACUAUUGGAGGCCAGCAGACGAUGCUCAGCAUGUCCAUGGAACCCAGCCGGGUGCAGGCCCUAAAGCACGGAGUGCGAGUCCUACGUGCUGUUGUAAUUGCCUUUGUGGUCUGUUGGCUUCCAUAUCAUAUACGGCGCCUCAUGUUUUGCUAUGUUCCUGCAGAUCAUUGGACAGAGUUCCUUUUUAACUUCUACCACUACUUCUACAUGCUAACAAACGUCCUCUUCUACGUCAGUUCUGCCAUCAACCCCAUCCUCUACAACUUGGUGUCAGCAAACUUCCGCCAGAUCUUCAUCUCCACCCUCACUUUCCUGUGCCUGCCCUGGAGAAAGAAGAAAAAGAGACCCACCUUCACCAGGAAGUCCAAUAGCAUCUCCAGCAACCACACAUUUUCCAGCCAAGUCACUAGGGAAACGACAUAUUGAGACCCAAGUGAAGCCAAAGGAAAGAAGAACGCAUUUCAAAACUUGAGAGAGACCCCUGGGACUUUAAAGCAUGGUCUCCUAAACCACAUAGCACGAAUGUGUUUAGCUGAAUAAUUUUUGUUGGAACAAAUAGGCUUCGCUCUGCCAGUCUCGUUGAGGUUAUUUUAAAGCAUCGGCCUUGGCUCUUGUGGGUAAUGUCUAUACAUUUUGUAACUUUGGUCUGGCAUAGGUUCAGAUACUGUGUUAUCUGGGAAGCCAAAACAUGUCUUCAACCUAUGAAUCCUAAGCUUUGGCAGCUCAUUCUGCAGUUCACUCAUUUCUCAAUGCAAAGAUGCCAUGGUAAAGUCUAAGAGCGGGAGAUCGUUUCUCUUGGUGGCACUAGGCUGAAUGAAGAGACAGCAAUUUUUUUUAUAAAAAGGGAUUGUUUUGGAGGGUGGGUGUACUAGUCUUAUUAGGUGCUAAAAGAAAGAGGAAUGGAAAACUUUGAAUUUGCAGGGAAUGUAGCACUCAGGGAGCCAGGCGGUUUUGUAGAGAACUACUUUUGAAUUCUGGUUAAUUAGACCAUUCGGGAGAGACUCCUGUACAAGAAUAGAUAAUGCCUUACGUAGAUUAGGAUGGGCACAGUGUUCAGACAGGGUUUUCUGGGGCUGAAAGCAUCUUUUUAAAUGUGUGUGUACAUAGCCUAGCACAGGGGGGCCCCAAGCCCUGUUGAGUCCUUAAAGCACUACAGCAACACAAAUCGAAAAUAUCAGCAAAGUCUUGAAUGCCUAAAUUGAGGCAUACCCAAAUGUUGAAAUCUAAUGAGGAGGUCAUCAUACUUUUGCUUAAUAGCCAAAUCCCAUUAAUUGAUCUAUAUUAAUUAUAUUAAUUGAUUCUAUUGAUCAGAAUCAGGAUGGUUGAUGGCUGCUGAUGGAUGAGCUUCAUGAAUGUCAUGGUCCAUUGAUCUUUGACUUAUUUCUCACUUUUAUUCCAGUUUUUCUUCUUCAGCUCUUCAAGUAGAUGGCUGAUACCCCAGAGGGUAAGCUCAGUGCUUAGGUAACUUGAGACCAUGUAAGAGGCUUGUGCAUUUUCCUACGUUGGUGCCCUAAUAUUCUCUUUUUCUUUAAAGAAAAAGAGGACAUUGCUUGUAUUUCCUCUUUUAUCUGUUGGCCAUCCAGGCUGUAGCUAUAAAAGCACAAAUCACACAACUGAGCAAUUAAAAGAAGCAAGACAAAUUAAUUUCCAGCUUAUCAACUCCAAAAACAGGCUACAAAAGCAAUGGGCAGAAGUGUAGGGUGCAAAAGAGUCAUUCCUGUUCCAGGGGAGGAGGCAGCACACAUAUGAACCGCUCCAUGUAAUAAAGCCUCCGCUUGAAAUAAGAGAGCUUACCACAAAAGUUCUUUUCAGAAGCAAGGAGUAAAUGUGUAUUGACCCUGGUUUCAUGCACAAAAGAAGCAGAAAUUAUAGGCUGAUACAUAACGGGGCCCGGAUCCAAUACCAUCUGAUAGCUUGGGAUUUGCAAAUCCAAAAGGACUAGGCAGGCUGAAGUUGUUGAAUAAAUGCCAUCUCUACCAGGCAACCCUAACAUGCAACAAAAGACUUCAGAAAUCUUUAGUUCCAAAACAGAGGCCCCAGGUGAUUAGCUGAAGAAAUGUCUCUACCAUCACAGAUCUUCUAUACCGGCUUCUAUAUCCACAUGGCCUUGGGCAAUUUAUGUUGUGACCCCAUACACAGAUAUAUACAGUACUGCCCAGGCCACUUGGUCAUUCUCACUAUUGCUUCC